GUACAACCCACGAGCUUCCGAUCUAUAUCUAUAUCACCUAUAUAUUGUCUUCUCUAUCACUAUAUACUAUACAUCAACAUCAUCAAUAAUCUUCAUUAGGUAAUAUCAUGAGUCCACAAUACAAGACUGUAUACGAGAAAGACUCAACGGCUAGGCACAAGACCAACGGUCAUGACAAUCGUAAUAAUAAUCCUUACGUCCAAAUUACUUCUCCCACCUCGGCUUCUGAUAAGAGGUCGAAGGAUAAGGUUAUUGAAGUGUUGAAUCGGUGCGGGAAGAAAGUGGAGGAGGUGACUCGUAAGGCGGAAAAGUUAGCCGAUGGGUUAAAAGACCACCUGAAGUUUAGUCCUAGCAUAAGUGAUGCAGCAAUGGCAAGGCUUGCACAAGGCACUAAAAUGCUCGUGGAAGGAGGACCAGAGAGAGUAUUUCAAAGGGAGUUUGGUCUCUUAGCCGCAGAGAAACUCUUAGAUUCGUUCGUUUGCUACAUAUCGACCACAUCAGGACCAGUGACCGGAAUGUUAUACAUUUCGAGUAGAAGAAUCGCUUUUUGUAGUGAUUAUGCCAUCCGUCAUCCUUCUUCCGCCGGUGGAACCGGUGUUCCGGCAUACUACAAGGUGGUAAUGGAGUUGGAAAAGGUAAGGAGCAUAAGCUCAUCGUCGAACGUGUUAAAGCCAAGUGAGAGGUAUGUGCAUGUGGUGACGCAAGAUGGUUUUGAGUUUUGGUUUAUGGGAUUCGUCUCCUACAUCGAUGCUUUCAAUUGUCUCAACAAAGCUCGUCUUAACUCUCAUUGUGUUUCUGGCAUGUAAACCAAAUUCUAAGACUUUUCUUAUCACUAAUAAGUCUUUGUUGUCUACUCAUAUGUACAACUUGUAUUGUAAUCAUUUGGGUUCGCCAUGGUGUAGUAACAAAAGAAUUGAUUUACACAAAAGUAACUUGUUUACGGUCGUUAUUAGAGAUGAGUGCGUUAUUUGAUAGA